GGACUUUUUUUUAGGCGACAAGCGGAGGCAGACGGACGAAGAGAUGGCGCUCUGCAGUGGCCGAUUUUCGCGCGCUUUGGCGCGGGUGGUUGUGGGUAGUGCGCCCGGGAGGGAGAAAGAAGUCGGGGGCUGCGGUGCGCCGCCCGCAGGGCCAGAGGGGAUGUUCGAGGACGAGCCCCAAGCCGAAGGGGCGGCGAUGGUGGUCGCGGCCGGGGAGGCGCUGCAGGCUCUGUGCCAGGAGCUGAACCUGGACGAAGGGAGCGCGGCCGAAGCCCUGGACGACUUCACCGCCAUCCGGGGCAACUACAGCCUAGAGGGAGAAGUUAUACACUGGUUGGCGUGUUCAUUAUAUGUUGCAUGCCGUAAAAGCAUAAUUCCCACAGUUGGAAAGGGUAUCAUGGAAGGAAACUGUGUUUCGCUUACCAGAAUACUCCGUUCAGCUAAAUUAAGUUUAAUACAGUUUUUUAGUAAAAUGAAGAAAUGGAUGGACAUGUCAAACUUGCCACAAGAAUUCCGUGAACGUAUAGAAAGGCUAGAGAGAAAUUUUGAAGUGUCUACUGUAAUUUUCAAAAAAUUUGUGCCAAUUUUUUUAGAUAUAUUUCAAAAUCCAUAUGAAGAACCACCAAAGUUACCACGAAGCAGGAAACACAGGAGGAUUCCUUGCACUGUAAAGGAUCUCUUUAAUUUCUGUUGGACACUGUUUGUUUAUACUAAGGGUAAGGUAAUGCUUUCAGUGGUCUUACAUUUCUACUAUGAGAACUUGGUGUUAUUUCACAUGAAAGGUUUCUGGCUUUGUGUCCUUUUUUCUUAUAAAGGUAAUUUUCGUAUGAUUGGGGAUGAUUUAGUAAACUCUUAUCAUUUACUUCUGUGCUGCUUGGAUCUUAUUUUUGCCAAUGCCCUUAUGUGCCCUAAUAGACAAGACUUGCUAAAUCCAUCAUUUAAAGGCUUACCAUCCGAUUUCAAUACUGCUGACUUUAGAGCUUCUGAAGAGCCUCCCUGCAUCAUUGCUGUACUGUGUGAACUGCAUGAUGGACUUCUAGUAGAAGCAAAAGGAAUAAAAGAGCACUACUUUAAGCCAUAUAUUUCAAAACUUUUUGAUAAGAAGAUUUUAAAAGGAGAAUGCCUCCUGGACCUUUCUAGUUUUACUGAUAAUAGCAAAGCAGUGAACAAAGAAUAUGAAGAGUAUGUUUUAACUGUUGGUGAUUUUGACGAAAGGAUCUUUUUGGGAGCAGAUGCAGAAGAAGAAAUUGGAACCCCUCAAAAGUUCACUGGUGAUACCCCAUUAGGGAAGCUAACAGCACAGGCUAAUGUGGAAUAUAACCUUCAACAACACUUUGAAAAAAAAAGAUCGUUUGCACCUUCCACUCCACUGACAGGACAGCGUUAUUUACGAGAAAAAGAAGCAGUCAUUACUCCUGUUGCGUCAGCCACCCAAAGUGUAAGCCGGUUACAGAGUAUUGUGGCUGGGUUGAAAAAUGCACCAAGUGAACAACUUAUAAAUAUUUUUGAAUCUUGUGUACGUAAUCCAUUGGAAAACAUUAUGAAAAUAGUGAAAGGAAUAGGAGAGACUUUCUGCCAACACUAUACUCAGUCAACAGAUGAACAGCCAGGAUCUCACAUAGACUUUGCUGUAAACAGACUAAAGCUGGCAGAAAUUUUGUAUUAUAAAAUAUUGGAGACUGUAAUGGUUCAGGAAACUCGAAGACUCCAUGGAAUGGACAUGUCAGUUCUGUUAGAGCAAGAUAUAUUUCAUCGUUCCUUGAUGGCUUGUUGUUUGGAAAUUGUGCUCUUUGCCUAUAGCUCACCUCGAACAUUUCCUUGGAUUAUUGAAGUUCUCAAUUUGCAACCAUUUUAUUUUUAUAAGGUUAUUGAGGUGGUGAUUCGUUCAGAGGAGGGUCUCUCAAGGGACAUGGUGAAACAUUUGAACAGCAUCGAAGAGCAGAUUUUGCAGAGUUUAGCAUGGAGUUGCGAUUCUGCCCUGUGGGAGGCUCUCCAGGCUUCUGCAAACAAAGUUCCUACUUGUGAAGAAGUUAUAUUCCCAAAUAACUUUGAAACAGGAAAUGGAGGAAACGUACAGGGACAUCUUCCCAUGAUGCCAAUGUCUCCUAUAAUGCAUCCAAGAGUCAAGGAAGUUCGGACUGAUAGUGGGAGUCUUCGAAGGGAUAUGCAACCGUUGUCUCCAAUUUCUGUCCAUGAACGCUACAGCUCUCCUGCAGCAGGGAGUGCUAAGAGAAGACUUUUUGGAGAGGACCCCCCAAAGGAUAUACUUCUGGACAAGAUCGUAACAGAAGGAACAAAAUUAAAAAUUGCUCCUUCUUCAAGCAUUGCUACAGAAAAUAUAUCAAUUUUACCUGGACAAACUCUUCUAACAAUGGCCACAGCCACUGUAACAGGGACAACAGGACAUAAAGUUACAAUUCCAUUGCAUGGUGUUGCAAAUGACGCUGGAGAGAUCACACUGAUACCUAUCUCCAUGAAUACAACUCGGGAGUCCAAAGUCAAGAGUCCUGUGUCACUUACUACUCAAUCAUUAAUGGGCUCUUCUCCAAAACCGACCCAUCUAACUAAAGUGCAAGAGGUACAUCCAACUGCAAUAAGCAAGCCAAAGAGAACUGGGUCUUUAGCACUGUUUUACAGAAAGGUAUAUCAUUUGGCAAGUGCACGCUUACGCGAUCUGUGUUUAAAACUGGAUGUUUCAAAUGAGUUACGAAGGAAGAUAUGGACGUGCUUUGAAUUCACUUUAGUUCAUUGCCCUGAUCUAAUGAGAGACAGGCACUUGGAUCAGCUCCUCCUCUGUGCCUUUUAUAUCAUGGCAAAGGUAACAAAAGAAGAAAGAACUUUUCAAGAAAUAAUGAAAAGUUAUAGAAAUCAGCCCCAAGCUAAUAGUCACGUAUACAGAAGUGUUCUGUUGAAAAAUAUUCCAAGAGAAGUUGUGGCAUACAAUAAAAACAUAAAUGGUGAUUUUGAAAUGACAGAUUGUGACUUGGAAGAUGCUACAAAAACACCUGACUGUUCCAGUGGACCAGUGAAAGAAGAAAGAGGUGAUCUUAUCAAAUUUUACAAUACCAUAUAUGUAGGAAGAGUAAAGUCAUUUGCAUUGAAAUACGACUUGUCAAAUCAGGACCAUGCGAUGGAUGCUCCACCACUCUCUCCUUUUCCACAUAUUAAGCAACAGCCAGGCUCACCACGCCGCAUUUCCCAACAACACUCAGUGUACGUUUCCCCACACAAGAAUGGGUCAGGCCUUACAGCAAGAAGCGGUCUGCUGUACAAGUUCAAUGGUAGCCCUUCUAAGAGUUUAAAAGAUAUCAACAACAUGAUAAGGCAAGGUGAGCAGAGAACCAAGAAGCGGGCAAUAGCCAUUUGUAAUGAUGUAGAGUCACCUGCCAAACGCCUCUGCCAAGAAAAUGAUGAUGUUUUACUUAAAAGACUACAGGAUGUUGUCAGCGAAAGAGCAAAUCAUUAAUGUUGUUCCUGUUUCUAUGAUAAAAGCACUUUGAGUUUGUUCAUCAGAAAGUUGGGGCUCGGUCCUUCAAAUCCUUGAGCCCUGGAGAUGGUAAAUAUCACUGGGUUAUAACAAAAAUUGCACCAAAAUUAUGUGAGUUUUUUUCACAUUUAUCCAAAAUGUAGUUGAAAAAGAUAUUUUUUAAGUUGGGUUGGAAAGGAUUAUUUUAAGUGCCUUUUAAAAAUCUUAAUAGUCAUAGAAUUUUUUUAAAAUACAUUCCUUGGCUUAGUUUUUAAGAUAAAAGAGAAACUUAGUAACUUUUUAGCUUCCUUUUUAAAAAUAAUCAAAUGUCUCCUCCUGUGCUUUGUAAUAUAAGGGUAAUCUAUUUUUGUUAAGCAUUCAUGUGAGAUUUUUAUUUCCAAUUUGAUAUUGAAGAUAGAGUUGGUUCCCAUAGUACCUGGGCCAGAAGGUGAUACACCAGCCUAUCUCUGGUCCACUGUUGGUAACUCCACAUCAAGGUGCCACUACUAUUCUGGGUAUUCUGAUCCCUUCCUAUUCCCUUCAGCAUAAGCAGAUUUAUGCCUGAGCCUGUGUUACCCCCAUUCCUUGCUUUCCAACCCUGAGCCCUCUUAACUUGGUGUCAUGACCCAAUAAAAAGGGUACUUCGUUGUUUUUCAUGACUUUAUACAUGAUUGUAUUAAGUCAUGUACUUCUCAAAAUGGGAAUUUGCUUCUCAGGCCUGUAGAGUAAAAUUCAGAAAAAAUUAUUAGAAACUAAAUUUUCUAGGCUGGACACAGGGGCUCACGCCUGUAAUCCUCACACUUUGAGAAGCCAAGGCAGAUGGAUUGCUUGAACUGAGAGGCAUUUGAGACCAGCCUGAGCAAGAUCAAGACCUCGUGUCUAAUAAACAUAGAAAAACUA